AUGGGACAAUCGGUGAAGAACCCGACCGGGACUGUCGCCAACAGCACUCUGUCCAAAAGACGCCGUUUCCAGCCGCCAAUCACCAACUUCUUCGCUACAACUCUGGCAGAGUCGGAGUCAGAGUCGGUAGACGGUCUGGCCGUCACCCACAACAACUAUUCCGCAACGACGUUCUCUCCCACGCCGGUCCUCCCGGAAACAGUACAAAAGAAUCUCUUCGACGUAGGGUGGCGGGUUCGCAAAGCGAUGGCGGAAGGAUACAAGACACAGCGCUCGAUGAAAGCCGAAAAGGCCCAAGAAAUCGUCACUCCUACUGAGCCCCGUGUCGCUCUGUCAUCUCUUCCCCCGAACCACACCCGCACUCUCACUCAUUCUCACACCCACACUGAUGCCUAUGCUCAUACGCCUCGCCGUGCCGAACUCGCGCCGUUCUCGGGACUGUCAAAAGCCACGCACGACCCGUACUCCGUCAUGACCGAUGACGGCGAUGCCUUCUCCUUGCCGCCCAGCAGCCAAGAAUCCAUCUCAUCGACUGACUCUUGUCCGGGUGUUGCCAACGCUCAGAAGCGAGCCUUGGUAUUCGAGGACGACCACUCGCUCGACGAUCCACCAAUCUCAAGCUGGCCUGGGCGUGCCAUCCUAUCCCCACGAGGCCGAUUGUCGACACACCCCGGCUCAACCUCAUCGAACAUGGAUGGGGAUGAUUUUGAAGAAGCCUCGUUCCUGCGUCAACGAGAGGAAGUCGACUCGGAGUACAUGCGCAUGGACUUUGCUUAA